AUGGUCACGAUACAUCGUUCAAGUGACCGUCCAAACAUCAAGAUUGGAGUCAGAAAGAUCAAACACGCACUAAAUAGCUAUGCCGAUCUUGCUUUUCUCAUUCCAACGAGCUGGAAAGUUGGUGAUCUGCCCCCACCAAAGUUCUUGAUCUUUUUCGACAGCAUUCCGGAAGCCAUAAACACUGCUCUAUACCUGCACAAAUGCUUGCCUUCCAAUAUGCAAGAUAAGAUCAAGUGGUUCAAUGCAGACAUGACGGGAGAAUACAAAGAUGUGGAACUCACAAACCUUAUAUCAGGAGCUACAUGGGGCUAUUGCACAACAGAUUCAUUUGGAAUGGGAAUGGACGUUCCGGACAUCAUGCUCAUCAUUCAGUGGCGAGCAUCAUGCAAGCUACCCACUCUUUGGCAGCGGUUCGGGCGUGCGGUUCGGGAUUGA